CCCCUUUAACAGCCCGUCCUCUCUUUGCACCUCCUUAGUAGUGACUUCAGCCUGGGUUGGAGGGGGAGGAGCAGGCUGGGAGGCUCUGCUCUGCUCCCAUGUUGAUGUUUGUUGUUUGCGAGGGUGGCAGCUCGGUGUGUUAGACAGGGACACUAUGUGCACGGAUGGGUUGUCGACUGGCCUGACUGCAUGCUUCUUGUGGAAAGCAGCAACUUUUUCCGAAAACGCGGCUGAAUGAGGGAGAUUUACAAUGAUUUUUUGGCCGUCUGUUGCCGUGAAACCCUCGGACAUAUGGCUGUAAGGUCCCGCUCGGUUCGGUAUGUGCGCAAAGACUCUCUGUGGGUCUCUGUGAGGAUGCUGGAGCUCGUCUGAGAACACCCCGUUGAGUGGUCUUUCUCUGGAUUCUUCCUUUUUUUUAAAACCAAGUUCUCCGACGAAGAGGAGGAAGGAGGCAAUUUUCAAACUAUUUUUCUACCCUUUAACUUCUAAAAAUGGUGUUAUUCGCUUUAUCUUCGGUUCGAAACAAACCUGGAUAACGAAAGGAGUACAGCGACGUGACAACACCCCGACACGACGGCGGCCAGCGUUACUUUGCUUCGGUAAGACAGCGCUUCAAGUGUCGCUUCAGAACCCAGCCUGGAUGUGAAGCCGUGUUGUCUGUAAUGUUAUGUGUUGACAGCGCUUGCUUUCACUCAUACCUUCAGUUUAGCUUCUGCAACGGGGGGAAAAGGUGAUACAUACACCCCCCCCAAAAGAAAGCGUGUAGCCUUUUGUAUGAAAGGCACAUCUGCCCCGGGAUUUAUUGAGCUGUGGGGAUUUUAAGCAGCACUUCAUGCAUCUCGGGGUAUCUGAGUCCAUGAGAGAGUGCGAGUACAGCCAAAUAAGCACUCGCAGCUCCACACCAAUGGAGACCCCCUAUAAAAAAAGGACCCCAAAGAAGAGGAAGUGGGAGUCCUUCCAAGGUCGGAAUAAAUUUUACUGCGAUGGGAGGAUUAUGAUGGCCAAACAGACAGGGGUUUUCUACCUCACCCUUGUCCUCAUUCUAGUGACUUGUGGACUUUUCUUCACCUUUGAUUGUCCGUUCCUGGCGCUGCAGUUGACCCCAGUUAUCCCAGUCAUAGGAGGAGUGCUGUUUCUGUUUGUAUUGGGGACCCUCCUGAGAACUAGUUUCAGUGACCCAGGUGUGCUGCCCAGGGCCACCCCGGAUGAAGCAGCUGACCUGGAGAGACAAAUAGAUGUUGCGAAUGGCAGCACGGGGUACAGGCCUCCACCCAGGACCAAAGAGGUGGUCAUCAACGGCCAGACAGUCAAGCUAAAGUAUUGCUUCACCUGCAAGAUCUUCAGACCGCCACGUGCCUCCCACUGCAGCCUCUGUGACAACUGUGUGGAACGUUUUGACCAUCACUGUCCCUGGGUGGGAAACUGCGUGGGAAGGAGGAACUACCGUUUCUUCUACAUGUUCAUCCUCUCCCUCUCCUUCCUCACCAUCUUCAUAUUUGCCUUCGUCAUCACACACAUCAUUUUACGCUCACAUCAACAGGGGUUCCUCAACGCACUAAAAGACAGUCCUGCCAGUGUGCUGGAGGUGGUGGUGUGUUUCUUCUCUGUCUGGUCCAUAGUGGGCCUAUCAGGCUUCCAUACUUACCUAAUCAGCUCCAACCAGACGACCAAUGAAGAUAUAAAAGGGUCGUGGUCUUCUAAAAGAGGGAAGGACAAUUAUAACCCGUACAGCCAUGGCAACAUAUUCACCAACUGCUGUGCAGCACUGUGUGGACCACUGCCACCGAGUCUCAUUGACAGACGGGGCUACGUUCAAUCAGACACACCACAGAUGGCACCACCAACCAAUGGCAUCACUAUGUACGGUGCCACCCAAUCACAGCAGAGCCACAUGUGUGACCAAGACCAGUGCAUUCAGAGCACCAAAUUCGUUUUACAGGCCGCCGCCACGCCUCUCCUCCAGCAGCAGAGCAGCGAGCCCGUCAUCCUGACAGCUUCCCCCGAAAAUGGAGGCUCUCUACCCGGCCGCACUUCCCUCAGCCUUGGCGGCCCUUGCACCUCGCUCCCCCUCGGCCAGCCAACCCCUCCGACAUCCACUCCCAGCCUCAGCCUUCACGAGGCCACCGACAUGAUGCCAAUCCACGGACAUACACACAACCACAGCCACCCUCUUCAGGAGCCCAUUGCCCACCAUCACUUUCUCACUCCAGAGGAGGUGCCCUCGCCGCCAGGCAUGCUUCCCUGCGGCAGCCCGCUGGGUCACAGCCACACGGUGCAGACCGGCUUCUACAACCUCGCCAGCCAGGACUCCCUACACGAGGACUCGGUCAGAGGACUGGUAAAGCUCAGCUCUGUCUGACAGUGGAUGGACAUGCAUCCCACCUGGGAAACCUUCCUGCGCCACUUUUGUGCCAUCUCGCUCUCACCCUGAAUUAGUUUUCCUUUAUUCCCUCCACAGGAGAACUGAAAAGGGCUGUGUUUGAAAAUCAGCUGCUUUAAACGGAACUAAGGUGAAACCAGUUUUUCUCAGCCAAUGGUCUUGCCAAACCACUCCUCUGGAACUGAGAAAGAUAUUUUCUGGUGUGGCAGCCUAUGUGAAAGCUCAGACAUACCUUUAUUUUUUUAAGGGAAGCAUAAUCUGUUAUUCCAGGAAACAUGACUUGGGAGUUUCUUUUUCAAAGUGGCGUAAGUCUGUGAGUCAUGUCAAGCAAACAAAGCAUACGUUUUGACAGUUCAUGACAUUUUUGGUCAAAAUAUUGAAUUUUUGUCAACAGACUAAAGCUCUGACACAUUUUUUUGUACGAUAAACUCAAGCCUUUUUGCCUGUUGCUGAUUGGACAGCGUGUUUUGCCUUUUUUUUCUUGGCAUUCUCAGCAGUGCAAUGGUUGAUGUCAUCAUGUUGCAUAUCAUCCUGCUUUUUCUAUGUUAAAAAAUAAGAGACUGUACUGUACCUUGGUUAUUACAGAUCUUACAAAUUAUGUUUCCUGUGGAUAUUAAUAAAACACCAACUUUUUAUCAGA